AUGUUCUCAUACCUCGCCCACCGCCGUGCCUGCCAUGCCAAGCAAGAAGAGCGUCGCACCCGCAUCGAGAGCCUACCCGCCGUCUACCAUACCCCACUGAGCGCGAUUGACAAAGACAUCCUCGCCCAGCCCAUCUCCCAGCUUGUCGCCAGCGUUCAGUCCGGCUCGCUCAACCCACGCGAUGUCCUCGUCGCCUACGGCAAAGCCACCCUCAAAGCGCAUGCCGCGACCAACUGCCUCACCGAGGUUUUCAUUCAAGCCGCAGAGGCGUCCGCGGAUGGCUGCAACACCCAGGGGCCCCUCGCGGGCAUGCCCGUCAGCCUCAAGGACGAGAUCUCCGUGGCGGGCGUCGACGCGUGCAUAGGCUACUCCGCGUGGGUCGGCAUCACCCAGCAGGACUCCGCCCUCGCAAAGCUCCUUCGCGAUGCGGGUGCGGUCCCGUAUGUGAAGACGAACGUCCCGAUCACGAUGCUCUCGUUCGAGUGUGCGAACGACGUGUUUGGCGCGACGACGAACCCGCACAACAAGGAUUACGUGCCCGGCGGGUCGUCUGGGGGCGAAGCUGCGUUGAUCGCGUUUGGCGGGUCGCGGGUCGGGGUUGGGUCGGACGGAGCGGGCUCGGUCCGCGUUCCAUCCCACUACUCUGGGGUAUACACGGUCAAAGCGUCCUCCUUCCGCUUCCUCAAGUCCGGCAACGCGCACACGAGCGUCCCCGGCGAGCAGGGCGUCGGCGUGGCGUUCUCCCCGAUGGCGCGCACGCUCGACGACCUCGAGACGUUCUGGCGCGCCGUGAUGAGCAUGAAGCCGUGGGAGUACGACAACGCGGUGCUCCCGCUGCCGUGGCGCGAGGUGGACCUCUCCAGUCAGAAGGGCCUCAAGUGGGGUGUUAUGUGGGACGAUGGUGUGGUCGCGCCUUCGCCGGCUUGUCGUCGGGCACUGCAGACGGUCGUGGAGACAUUGGAAGCGCAUGGGCACCAAGUGGUCACCGUCAAUCCACCAAGCCCAGCCGAAGGUCUCCAGCUUGCCUCGCAGCUGCUCAUGGCCGAUGGCGCCAAGCGCUGCACCACGCCCAUCCGCACCGGCGAGACGAACGACCCCGCGAUGCGCGCCGCCCUCUCUAUGUUCCGCGCCCCACGCCUCGUCAAAGCGCUUUACGCGUGGUACCUCCGCUAUGUCCAGCACGACCCGCUCUACGCCUCGCUCGUUCACGCGUGGUCGGAGAAGUCCGUGCCCGAAUACCUGACGCUCAUCGCGCAGCGCGAGUCGUACCGCGAGCGCUGGCACGCGUGGAUGAGCGAACAGGAGCUGGACUUCAUCGUGACGGUGCCGAACUCGCUGCCCGCAGUGCCCCAUGGAGGGAUGAAGGAGGGCUGGAAGGCGUGUGGGUAUUCGUUCCUCUUCAAUCUGCUGGACUAUACCGCAGGCGUGCUCCCUGUCACGCACGUCGACCGCGCGCGCGACGCGCUCGGCUCGUUUAAGCCCCGAAACGCGAUCGAGCGCGGUCAGUAUAAGAUGUACGACGCGGACAAGAUGCACGGCCUCCCCGUCGGCGUGCAGGUCGUUGGCCGGAGGCUGCAGGAGGAGAAGGUCCUUGCGGGCUUGAAGCUCGUACAAGGACUGUUGGAGGAGGACGGAAAGGCGUACGUGCCGCUUAAUGUCGCUGAUAAGUGA